CUAUUUUUCUUUUUUAUAUUAACGACGUUUGACUUUGGGGGUGCAUGUGUGACUUAUAUGAAUAUGUUUAUAUUUUGGAUGUGUCCUAAAAGAAAUCGUGUGUAGCUAGAUCUUUUCCAGUAUGCUGAAAUCCAGAGCGGAAACCUGUAACCGCUAAUCUUUACCUGUGCCUGCGACGUUGAUGGGAUGAUUAGGCGUACAAUGUUAUUUUAAACGUUACAGUGAUAAACGGCAAGCAAGCACUAUAUGUUAUUGGAUAUGUGACAACGGGUUAAAACAGAUCUAUCUUUUACUAUCACCUCAUCCAAAUCAGAGUAAAACCUUAUUUUAAUGUUCUAAAUUAUUUCCUGGUAAUUGACGUUUUAGGAUUGACUACUGGCCAUUUGCAACUGUUAGUUGACGCCAGUGGGUACUGAGCCUUAUAACAAGCUCAGCACCAAGUGUAUUGAUACAUCUGCCAUUGAUGUCUUCCCCACAGAUCACAAUGAGCUUGGCAUGCCCUGACCCGGAGCAAUCUUCUCCCUAUCAGGUUCAGUACCCCUUCCAUCAUAACCACCACGAUGAAAUGGCUAUCAACUUUCAAGGCUUUCUCUAUAAGCCAGAGUUGUGCAGGAAGACAUGUGGCUUUUAUGGGAACCCAAUCUGGCAUGGGUACUGCUCCAGGUGCUGGAUUGAGCAGAAGCAAAAGGUUCUUUCUAACACAGACAGGCAUUGCACAAGUGUCCCGCUGAAACAAGAGAAGGAAAGUAAAUUCAAUUUGAAGAAAAGAACAGAUCUAGCCGGAGAGGGGAUCAAUUGCACAAACUCUAAAUGUUCUCCCUGUGGCCAAUCAUCCAAAACAUACUAUACAUCAGAUGAUCCACACUCUGCAUUUCACAUCCCCCUCAGGUGCCUCCAUUCCCUUGCCCAAGGAGACUUUUCCGAUUUCCUCAAAAUUGUUCAUCGGCCUGACUCUCAACAGCUGCUGUCAGUCUGCACUAAUUUCAUUCAGAGUCUGCAGGAUUCAGAGAAUCUAACCUUGGACAAUAAAGGAGAGCAAGUCCAGAUGUUCUACCACAAGAUUGCAGACAACUUUUCAGAUGAUAUGGCUGAGGAAAGGGAUCGGCUGCUUGAUAACAUUGAGAAGCUAGUCAUGACACGGUUGUAUAGGUCUGUGUUCUGCCCAGACGGCUCACAAGAUGAACAAAAGGACUUGUUCCUUCAAAAGCGGAUCAGGUCUCUGCAUUGGGUCACUCCUAAGAUGAUUCAGCUCCCUGUAGAUGAAGAACAUCAAGAAGUUAAAGACUGUUUAUUUUUAGCUAGUACUGCACUUAUAGAGAUGGAUUCCAAGAGAGCUCCCCAAGACAAGCUGAACUGUAUUUCAAAAGCAAGUCACUACCUCUUUAAAGCUGUUCAAAGCUACAAACAGGAACCAGCAACAGCAGAUGACUUCCUCUCCUGUCUGAUAUUCACCAUGUUUAAAACCAAUCCACCCCGGCUUGCUUCUAAUCUGCAGUACAUCUCAAGGUUCUGCAAUCCUACAAGGCUUGUGACUGGGAAGGGUGGCUACUGCUUCACCAACCUUUGCUGUGCAGUUUCAUUCAUUGAUACACUGGAUGCCUCAUCUCUUGGAAUUACAGACGAAGAGUUUGAGAAAAUGAUGAAGCACCAGAGUGAAGUUCUUAUAAAUGGUUUACAAAAUGAAAAAGGUGCUGUGCAGCAGAUGAAAUUGAAUACAAAACACCUUGUAGAGCUACGCUGCAGGCAGGAUGUACUGAUCCAGAAGGCUGAGUGGCUGAAACGAGAGGUGAGAGCCUGGCCUCAAUUAAUCAAAGGAGAAGUCCAGGAAAUAAUUUGUAGGUUCCCAUUGGACAUUAAUCGGACUACAACAAAGCUCAAUUAAAAAUAUUAUACAGUACUAUUAAUGUACUGUAAGAGAUGGACAUAUGCAAAUCCUAUGAAUUUGUUACACUUUGCUGCUAAUAGACUUAUUUCUAUGUGUGUCAACUUGAAGGAAGACUAUUUAUUAACUUUUUCUAUAAAUUGUAUUAAAUUCUACAUAUUCAAAGUCUGAUUUAUUUUCAAGACAAGUGCUGAUUAAGACAUUACACAGUAACAAGGUUUCUAUUUUGUAAUAGCUCCAGUGUGGCAGUAUGAGACCAUUCAAAACAUUCAUCAGAAUAAAAAAAUAAUCAUGCGUGUUUUAACAUA